UGACGCUGAGGCCAUCGCCGCAAGGGACCUGUUGUCCAGCAAGGAGACUGAGCUUGCAGAGGCUGUCCAGACCCUGGAGAACAAGGUCAAGGUCGCAGAGGCUGACCGGGAUGACGCCGAGACACGUCUGGAGGAGGUCGAGCGACGCUACCAGGCCGUGGGCGAGGAGAUCAAGGUUCUUCAAACGAGUGUUGAGGAGCAUCUAGUUACGAUCGAGCUACUGCAGAACAAGCUGAGCGAGGCACAGCACUCACCGUCCUCGUCAAGACCAGCGUCAAUAUCCUCCUCGGUCGCAAAUUUUGCCGCAGGCGAAGAAUCUACGGUCAUUCAGAGGCUUGAGAAGGAGAAGGCACGGUACAGAGCGCUUGUUCGCGAGAACGAGAAGGAGAUCGAGCGCCUCAGCCAGGAUCUGGAGUUGCUUGCAUCCGAGUUCUCGGACGCGGCUACGGCAUUCGAGGAUGCGGAGGAGGAGAUGAAGGCGAGGAUUACGGAGCUGGAAACGCUCCUGGAGGAGAAGGAUGCCGUUAAGCCCAACAAUCUCUCGUCGACAUCGUUAGCCUCGAACAACUCGAACUUGCAUCCGUCUUCGGCAACCACGGCAGCACAGCUCACGUCCUUAAAAGCUGAGCGUGACCAGGCGUUGCAGUCGUCCGAGGAGCUGUCUUCGAUCGUCGCGGAGCUGAAUGAGAAGAACCACAGUCUGCAGGAGCGACUGCUCACGCUCGAGCGGGAGCAAGAGUCGAUCAAACUGCAGCAUGUCCUGGAGCAACAGGCGCAGCAGGAUGAGAUCCGGACGCUCAAGGACCGUGCCGAGCGGCUGGACCGCAAUGCAAGCCCAAGUCCUCAUGAUGAUGACCGAAUUGUUGCGAUGCAUGAACGUAUUCUGCGACACAAGACGUCAACUUCGUCGGAUCAGCUCGUGAACGGUAAAGCGGAGGAUUCGCUGGCGACGCCCCGGCAGAGCUGGAGCACGACGGCGUCUGGUUCACAGCAGCUUGGUAACAGGGCAGGACGACAUGAGUCGACACUGAUUCAGCAAGCGAAGCAGAUCAAGAUGUUGGAGGAGAAGAUUGCAGAGCUCCAGGCAGCUAAUGGUGCAGGUGAAUCAUCACCUACGGCUAAUGAUAACAACAGCAAUAACAACGGUAGCCAUGGCCAAAAGGUGCCGCCAUCGGCCUCGACGUUAGCGAUUGGGUUAGGUAUCAUGCACAAGUCGUCGGAUCCUGAACUGACCCGGUUGAACUCUACACAGAUGAUUCCUCGUCAAAGUCUUGAAAAGAUAUCGCCAGCAUUGCGUCCGUUUCCAACGUUCGGAUCCGCGGUCAGCACACCACCGACCCCUCCACCAACAGCGCCACUUCCUCCGCCUCCUGUAGGCGCCGUUGUGGCUGCUAAGAGCAUGCCGGCACAUUUGACUGGAAACGCACCGCCGUCGCCCAGGAUUGGUGGAGUGUUCAAUCUGGAGACGGCUUCGCCGAGCGCGUCGCCAAGUAUGAAACCGUCAAGGACUGGAUCGGCUAAUAGUCGCGCGGCUAUUGCAGCAGCAACAGCAGGUUCACCUGGAGGGGCGCGUCGUGUGGAUCGGGACUCGACAGCGUCGAAUGUUUCAGAAUCGACGCAUAACAAUGGAUGGGCGAGCCCGACGGGAAGCACGAUGAGUGUGAGCAACAUUUCGGCUGCAACUGCACAGGCACUCCACGGCGUUGAGGUGAACGAGCUGAAGGGAGUGGUCGAUACGUUGGCGCAUCAAGUGCAGGCGUUGAAGGUUGAGCAGACGAUGCAGCAGGGCAAGAUUCAUCGGCUGGAGGCAGCGCUUGCGGAUGCGGAGGAGCGGGUGAAGCAGGCGAAGAGCGAGAGAGACGCGUCACUUGCGGAGAAGGAGCAGCUGGCGAGGGAGGUGGAGCAGGUCCGGGCGGAGUUGGCGGCGGCGAAGCAGAAGGGCGAGACGGAUCGACAGGGGCUGGAGAGUUUAGUGGAGAAGGAGAGGAGGGAGAAGGAGAAGGCUGUGGAGACGCGGGCGAUCAUGGAAGCACGGAUGGAGGAGUUGAUGGCCAGGAAGAACACUGACAAAGACCUUGGACCGCAACAGCCACGCCAAUCACUACAACAAGCACAACAGCAACAGCAACAGCAGCAGAAUCCUCAACAAGCUGCAAAGAGAUCGAGUGUUUGGCGGAUUUUUAGGAGAUCGAGAUCAUGAAGAUAAUGAUGUCGACACCAUAGACUUACGGGAACCAAGAACAACAUGCAUGGCAGGACCAUGCUUAGAUUAGACAAAAUUAGAUUGGAUUAGACGGCACAUAGAAACAUAAUACCUGAGUUAUGAACAACCUUAAAUUCGAACAUAUUUCAUUCCCAGCACAGCCACAGGAUCAUGUAAUACUCAAGGCGGCUGUGCUGCUGCCGCGUUAUCUAACACUGCAACAAGAUGCAUGAACAAUCGCUACUGCGCUGUGU